UAUGUCUUCAGCCACCAGCACUGCUACGGUUCACAACACGAAAGGGGCCUCAGACUCCGAAGUUGCAGAACGGCAGGAGGCUGAAAUUGCAAUGGAAGCACACCGCGCACUUUGGGCUUCGAACCAAAAUGGAAGAGCCCUGUCGCGUCUUGCGUGGGCGGUUGCGAAGAGGAUGGAGAGUUAAGGGCAGUACCAAAGUUGAAGAGAAAAAGGGAUAGCGCUGGGACAUUCGUUCUCCUCUAGGAUAGAUAAAUGGAGUGAGGGAUUUCCGUUCUCCUUUAGAAUAGGACACAAGAGGGAACGUCUGAAGAACACGCGUCUUCUGCAAGGAUGCGACUGCGAAGGGAGCCGCUCUAUCUAACAGAAGAUGUCGCGCACUGCAGAAGUAACCUCAGAUGGCAAAGACCCUCAAGAACAUUUGAUGAGAUACUGGGAACCGGUGUGGCGCCAAGUGGUGGAACAGAUGCGCAAAAAUUAUACUGGAACUAAUAUAGUUGAUUUUACGACGUGGAAAAGUGAUGCUGAUGUACUUAGUGCCUCCUCUUCCUCAUAUUACUAAUACGACGUAGACGCUUACUAAGAAAGAAAAAGUCAGCACCUUGUGGUCUAAAAUAAUCUGAUAAGUAGAUUACUAGCAGCUUAUUGAUAUCCGUUGUCUGAUUUCUCCUUCCACGAUUUACGCAUGAGUUCUUGAGCACGUGGACACGCUUCGCCUUGUCUUGAUACGCAUAAUGUAUCAUUCGGCAUCAUGCUUUGCCCUGUCUUCA